AUGUCUCGUCAGUCUGUCUGCAGGAGCUUUGGAGGGGGGAGCAGGAGAGGCUUUAGCUCCUGCUCUGCAAUUGGUGGUGGCUUUGGAGGUGGCAGCCGGAGCAGGAGCAGCUACAGCUCGUACUCCGUGUCCAGGGGAUUCGGAGGCGGAGGACGGUGCGGGGGCUUUGGCAGCCGGAGCCUCCACAACAUGGGGGGCAGCGCCAGGAUGUCCAUGGGCGGGUGCUACGGUGGCGGGUAUGGCAGCAGGAUGGGCGGCUUUGGCGGGAGCUAUGGGGGUCUUGGCAGUUUUGGGGGCGGAAUGGGUGGAGGAGGAGGAGGAAUGUGUGGCUUUGGAGGAAUGGGUGGAGGUGGAAUGGGGGGUGGAGGAGGAAUGGGUAGCUUUGGUGGUGGAAUGGGUGGCUUUGGUGGUGGAAUGGGUGGCUUUGGUGGUGGAAUGGGUGGUGGAGGAAUGGGUGGCUUUGGUGGCCCAGGCUUUGGCAUGGGUGGCCCUGGGAGAGCCGGCCCUGGGAUCCAGCCAGUGCAGAUUGACACGACCCUCCUGCGUCCGGUCCAUGUGGAGAUUGAUCCCCAGAUCCAGCAAGUUAAAAACCAGGAGAAGGAGCAGAUCAAGACCCUGAACAACCAGUUUGCCUCCUUCAUCGACAAGGUCCGAUUCCUGGAGCAGCAGAACAAAGUGCUCUCCACCAAGUGGGAGCUGCUCCAGCAGCAAGGACCAACAGGGCCGAGGAAGAACCUGGAUGUGAUCUUUGAGAAUUACAUCCAGAACCUGCGGAGGCAGCUGGACUCAAUCCUGGCACAGCGGGGCCAGCUGGAAUCGGAGCUGCAGAACAUGCAGCAGUAUGUCGAGGAUUACAAAACCAAGUAUGAGGAAGAGAUCAACCGGCGCACGACAGCCGAGAACGAGUUUGUGGUGCUGAAGAAGGAUGUGGACAGUGCCUAUAUGACCAAAGUCGAGCUGGAAGCCAGGGUGGGAGCUCUGACAGAUGAAAUCAACUUCCUGAGGUGCAUCUACGAGGAGGAGCUGUCUCAGAUGCAGACGAUCAGCCGGGACCUGUCCGUGGUGGUGUCCAUGGACAACAACCGGCACCUGGACCUGGACAGCAUCAUUGAGGAGGUUCGGCGCCAGUACGAGCAGAUCGCCCAGAGCAGCCGGGCUGAGGCUGAGGCCUGGUACCAGAGCCAGUACGAGCAGCUCCAGAGCACGGCCGGCCGGCACGGGGACAACCUCCGCAACACCAAGAUUGAGAUCCAGGAGCUGACCAGGAACAUUCAGAGGCUGCGGGCUGAGAUUGAGAAUGUGAAGAAGCAGAACCAGCAGCUGCAGGCAGCCAUUGCUGAGGCCGAGGAGAGAGGGGAGAUGGCUCUCAAAGAUGCCAGGUUGAAGCUGGAAGAGCUGGAGAGUGCCCUACAGAAGGACAAGGAGGAACUGGCUCGCCUGCUGAAGGAGUACCAGGAGCUGCUGAAUGUCAAGAUUGCCCUGGACGUUGAGAUUGCCAUGUACAGGAAGCUGCUGGAGGGGGAGGAGAACAGGCUGUGCAACGAUACCAUGUCCAACGUCAAUGUCUGUAAGUAUCCGCCCCGGGGUCCUUCAGAAAAAGCAUCAGACUGUCUUUACAGAGACAGCCUGCGACCGGGCAACGGGACAUAACCUGUGCUUCUCUUCCAGCUGUGGUGGGCAGGACGACUGUCUCUGGAGGCAGAGGAGGCAUGGGAGGCGGA